GAGUGACGCAGUCACGCUGCGGGGGCGUGGCUAGCCGCACUGACACUUUCUUUUCGUUGCCUUUCAUCUCCAUACGCACCAAAUUCAGGCAGAGGUUACAGCGUGAUGAAGCUACAUCCGGGAAAUUAUUUCGACCGGCCUCCCACUUGCACAGGAAGCGCCUCGCAGAGCACGUGGGGUGUGCGGAAGUCUGAGCUGGACACAAGCGCUGCGCUGUUUAGGAAAGAAUAGGAGGCGGCUGACUGUGGGUUCUGUCACCGGCGUCCUCAUCCAGCUAUCGCAGAAGCAGACAGACUGAGGCGCCCAGCUGUUGUGGAACUACAAGUCCAAUCAUACCUUACCAACAGAAUCUUGCAAGGCACAAAGAGGAACUGUUACAGUACUGUCAUCCAUCUUUACAUGGCGGAAGGGUCUAGAGAUUGCCCGUCUGUUGUUGGUCGUUAUUUUACAAGAUGGUACAAAGCAGAUGUAAAGGGAAAGCCACGUGAAGACUUCUGUAUAUUGCAGCACUCAAACCGCACCCUGCUAAAGCAGCCUGUCGUUACUGCCGCCACAAUCUGUGUCAUUACACUGGCAGAAUGUCACCCUGUUCUUAAAAAUGGGAAAGCUAUUUCUAGUAUUAAUUACCAAAUCAGCAACAAUUGCAGCAGGCUGCAGAACAAAGUGUCAGGAAAGUCUAAACGGGGAGCUCAGUUCUUAACAGAGUUGUCGCCUUUAUGUAGAAUAAUUUGCUGUGACGGUGAGGAGUAUACAAUUUACAGUUGUAUCAGGGGUCGGCUACUAGAAGUAAAUGAAAAUAUUCUUCAAAAUCCUCAACUUUUGAAAGACAAGCCAUGCACCGAAGGUUACAUUGCAGUUGUGCUGCCAAAAUUUGAAGAGAGCAAAACUGUGACGGAGGGUCUGCUUUCCCAGACGCAAUAUGAAGAAACUUUGUUGAAACGGACAUCUUCAGUGUGUGACAAAUAAAGCAAUUUUUAACAAACUCUGUAGUCUUUAAAAUCUACCUCUAAAUGAAAAAAGACCUAUUCACUUGUUGACAAUAUUUUAGAUAAUUAUGACUGAUUUUUAUGUAUUUUCGUGGGGCUGAUUACGAAAAUGAGAGCAGAAUUUGUCCUAAGGGCUCCAUUUUUUUGUAAACGGACAUUUGUUUUUGUUUUUUUAAAUUAUACAUUUUGCUCAUAACAACCAUAUGUAUACUGUAGGUUUUUUUAUUUAUUUAUAUUUGUUUCAAGACUUUCAUAAUGAGCAAUUGUUAAAUGCAUUAGCCAUUCCCUAUGUAUCAUUUAUGUCAAGGCAGAGAAUAAAGUAGAUAAAUCUGCGUAUAUAAUUAAAUCAUAAAAACCA